AUGACCCGUAGCCAGUCAGGAGAUUUACUGCCGUUGAAUCCAGAGAUUGACCGCACCUGUCGCCAGCUCAGGAGACAACAGCGAGCUAGACUGGCUACGGAAGAGCGCAUAGACGGCCACCUGAGUAGCGAUUCUGAAGAAGAGUACGGGAUGGACGGAGACUACAAUCAGCACAAGGGGAAUCCGCAGCAGGUUCCCGCGGUGAAUCAGGUCCUGGGGAACAACCCCAUACCCCAGGAUCAUGGAGUUCAUCAUCCAUCGCAGCCGGGUCCCACCUUGGAGUACUACUACACUCCUCGGAUUGCUGACAUCCGCCCGGUCAUCCUCUACCCGCCUAUUCCAGCAAAUAACUUCGAGAUCAAGCCAUGUUGGAUUCAGCUCAUCACAUCCUCUAUCCAGUUCCAUGGCUUGAAGGAUGAGGAGGCCAGGGUGCAUCUUUCCCGUUUUCUGCAGCUGACGAACGGGUUCAAGCUGAAUGGUGUCCCGGAUGAUGCAAUCCGCCUUCAUCUCUUCCCCCAUUCUCUGGCGGGGAAUGCUAAGAGGUGGUUGGAGACCCAGCCCCCAUUGUCCAUCACCUCUUGGGAUGAUCUGGCUGACAAAUUCGUGCACAGGUACUAUCCGGCAUCGAAGACUACAGAGAUCCAGCGGGAGAUCACUCACUUCCGCCAAGAGCCAGAUGAGUCACUUCGUGAUGCAUGGGAGCAGUACAUGGGAUAUUUCUGGUAG